CCCCUGCCUCCUCCGGGCCCUCAGCUGGCAGCCCUGCGUGCCCCACACCCCCCGCCCCAGCUAGCAGCCUCCUGCCACUUUCAGAUACAAGUGUCAGAGCCAACCCUGAGGCAGCAGGGGGAGGCUGGGCUGAUGUCCCCUAGUGCUGCUCUGGGGUCAGUGGGGGAGAAGGGGGCCUGAGGCUGGCACCUUCUCUGCUGGUCUGGUAUUGCCAUUGUGGUGGAAUGACUGGAGCUGGACAUCGGGUGACCUUGCUCUGCUUCAGUGUCUGUGUUUGAUUUUCUCAGCCCCUGCCGGGAGCCCUCUCCUCAUCACUAGGGUGCCUGGCACUGUAGCCUGUGAGCCUUUGUCCCUCUUUCUGCUCAUGUGAUCUGUGGGAUCAGUUGGCACUUGGCAUGUUCGGAGUGGCUCAGGGGUGAGCACAUUGUUUCUCUGGGUUGAGGUUUGACUGGGCCCAGCAGCGUCCUGGAUGCAGGAGGGGGUCGGUGGGGAUGGAGUGAGAGGUGUCUAGCCAGGGAUGAAGAUGGUAGUUCAUAGGUACAGUAGCAGCAUGAUGGCCCUUGAACAAGACUGGACUUGCUGAAGUUGGAGGAAAGAUGGCAGGAGGUAGGAGCUGGGGGCUCUAAGGUGGUCUUGGUGCCAGGCCUCAAGGAGUCAUGAUUGCAGAGCGACUGCAGAAACAGAGUCUGGAAGAGCUGAAAUGCACAUCCUUCAACGUCAGCCUGAGAGGGCUUCCUGGCGGGACCUGAUCUCCUGUCCCAGCAUACACUUUCAGGACAGCACAGGUUUCAGUUGCCACCACUCCCGCCUGAGUCUGUCUCCUUGCAGCCAAGACAGCUGCCCUAAGAAGAACAGCCUUCCAUCCCAAACACUGGCCACGGACCCGCUCACCUUGGGGAAGACCUCUAUGGUCCCCACCAAAAGGCACUGCUGCUCACCCUCAGUGCCUGAGAAUUUCUUCCACUGGCAUCCCCUCUGUAGGCCUCUUGGCUCCAAAGUGUGGACUCCUAUCAAGCAUCAGGGCAGCAGUGGAGAAAGUGCUUUGGAAGAGCAGCCCCCGAUCCCAGACGAUGGAGCCUGCAGUCUCAGGUUUGACCAAGCCCCAGGUGCAUCUCUUCAGUGUGUCCAAGGUGGUGGUGGCAGUAGCCCCCCCUUUUUCAGUCUGACCCUAUCCCGGGAAUCCCUAGUCAGCAUGUUGUGGGAGAGUGAGAAGACCUUGCAGCCCUUCUCCUUAUCACCUGUCCAGUUCCUGCCCUCCCCACGGAGCUCUGCUUCCUCCACACCAGAACUGCUCAGGCACCAGCAUGGCCUCCCAUCCAGCCAGUCACAGCCCUGUGACCUGGACACAAAGAAGAAUGGCCUCAAGCGGUGCCAUGAGGAGGAUGCAAAGUGGCACCGUCCCUCACUCAACUUCUACAAGAUGAACCAGAAGCAGUUCUCAGGAGGAGGCCUCUGUUUCUUAGACAAGUCUGAGGAAGGCAGUGCUCCAUCAUGGUUCUUGGCUUGCAACCCACAAGCCCCUUCAGCCCCCUGCAGUCCUAUCAGCAGCUAUGGCCAAGUGCUGAGUGAGGAAGAGGAAGAUGAGGCAAGGAACCAAAGCUGGCAUCUGGCCAGCCAGAGGACUUUUUUCCAUCAGGACUUUAGUGACCUGGAUCUGAAUCUGAUUGAAGAGAACUAGGGGUUGCAUAUACACUCUGGAAACUGCAGAGCAACCCCCCCCCCCCCCCGCCCAGGCGGGAGCGUGCACACCCACGGAGAAGGCGGCUUAGGCAUCAGCACCGCUGGGGCUCUGGAGAGGACAGCGGCCCUGGCCAGGAUGAAAUUUUUAAAGGAAAAAGUGAAAAGUUGCUUCAGUGAAAUGCGUGUAACGGAGGGAAGGGCGCUGACUCCUGGCUGGGGGUUCCUGCCCCGUCCCCGCCCCCAGCGGCCGCGGACCCGGAGCGGCCUGAUUCCUGCAGCCGCUCCACGCCGACCGUGCGCUGGGAUCAAACAUGGGCGCGGCCCCGCAGCAUUGCUCAGGGAAUCUGAGCCAAGUAUCCUGUGCAGAGGCUCCCCUCAGGGCUGCUCAGGUCAGUCUUGGCUUGUCU